AAAGAUCUUAUUUUACACUAUCAUAAUGCACGCCACCAUGGUUCUCCGUAACGCUGCUCGCACCCCUCUCAUUCGUUUCCUCGGAAAGCGCUCUGUGCCUAAGUCCAUUGACCACACUCCUCGUGCUCACCCGGCUUCCCCUACUGGUGUCCUUCCUGAUUCCUUCGCCGCCUAUCGCUCUAAGGCUCAGCAGCACGGUCCCCUGGGUCGUGCCUCUUUCUCCCAGGGCAUCGGUCGCGCCUCGGGCGCUUCUCUGGGACCCAUCCAGCCCAAGCAGGGUGAAUUCUUCGACCGUACUGAGCUCCCCUCCCGGUUCCACCGUCUGCCCUGGACCGAGGCCGAGAUUGAGGCCAUUGAAACCGGUGGUGCCAGCCUGUUCGCCUAGGUGCUUAAGAAUGUCCAAUGAGGAGAUGACGAGACGAUAAAGGUCAUUUAACAUUGACGGGAUGCACGACACAUGAUGUCACGCUGCGAUGAGAGACUGGUGGCCUGGACCACGGCACCUGCGCGCCCGCGUCAGGAAGGACUACCAGUGACUCUGUGAAGGUCACCGUCCUCUCUCGUAUCACCUCAACUUGCACGUCACUUUCUUCGGGACCCGAAACACUGUCUUAUACGGGUGAUGGGUCGUUCAGUCGGCGUGCCCAUUCUGGAAGCUGAUCCGGUCCCUCUUCUCUUCUUUUCGCCACUGCUUCUCUCAUUCUCUGAUUCGAACACGGCGC